AUGAUAUUUUCCCCUUUCAUAUUUCUUUUACAGAUAGGAAUUGUUGGCCGAACUGGUGCUGGAAAGUCUUCAUUAACUCUUGCACUGUUUCGUCUCAUUGAGCCUGCAAAAGGAACCAUCUUUAUUGAUGGAAUCGAUAUCACUACAUUGGGCCUUCACUAUUUACGCAAGCGUUUGGCGAUUAUUCCCCAGGAUCCUGUAUUGUUUUCGGGUACAUUGCGCUUCAAUUUAGAUCCAUACAAUCUACACUCCGAUGAUCAAUUAUGGCGUGCACUUGAGAGCGCUCAUUUGAAAAAUUUCGUAAUGAUGCAGCCCAAUAAAUUGGAUUUUAUCUGCGCUGAGAAUGGCGAGAAUCUCAGGUUGUGA